GGAACGCGUUUGGCCGAUCUUUCAUGGGCCAUCGUGGAAAAUAAGUUGGAUCAACAACCGCUGCAGGAAAAUCUAGUUAACGUCAAAACCAUAAUUGACCAAUUGACCAGGGACGCCCCCGAAGAAGGAAGGCGUGAAUUAUCUGAAUUAUUAAAUAAUUUUCAGGAUAUAUUUAGUCAUUCAGGUACAGAAAUUGGAGUUGCAAAAGGGGUUUAUCAUAGGAUCAACACAGAGCAGGCCCGGCCAAUAAAACAACAACUCAGACGUCAUCCCCCGGCACACCAAAAAGUUAUCGCAAAACAGGUAGACGAAAUAGUAGUGAAGUUGGUCACUAAAAUAUCGUCAGAGAGGCAAUUGUGCCAAAUCUAUUCCAGUGUGAAAGUGCAAAUUCCAGCACGAGCUGAAAUAGAUGUACCAACAAAAUUGGUGGUACGCCAGCCAUCCAAAUUAACAUUGACAGAUUGUGCAUGUCCUGAGGCAGGGCAAGUGACGUCGGGUGUAUUUGUUGCUAGGACGUUGCUUCUGAUAAAAUACGAGGGUCAAUGUGUCAGAAUAUUAAACGUAAAUGAUGAAUCCAGGUUGAUUAAACAGGGAACGCGUUUGGCCGAUCUUUCAUGGGCCAUCGUGGAAAAUAAGUUGGAUCAACAACCGCUGCAGGAAAAUCUAGUUAACGUCAAAACCAUAAUUGACCAAUUGACCAGGGACGCCCCCGAAGAAGGAAGGCGUGAAUUAUCUGAAUUAUUAAAUAAUUUUCAGGAUAUAUUUAGUCAUUCAGGUACAGAAAUUGGAGUUGCAAAAGGGGUUUAUCAUAGGAUCAACACAGAGCAGGCCCGGCCAAUAAAACAACAACUCAGACGUCAUCCCCCGGCACACCAAAAAGUUAUCGCAAAACAGAAACAAAUUUACAACAUUUAA